ACUGGUGUCAUUUGAAGAAACAUCGAAAGAUUUGUUUACCUAAAAAUACUUGAAGAUGACAAAAAUGUACAUCUUUCUUGUCAUUUUGAGUUUUGCACUACACUGUUCCUGCAACUCAAUUGUGCCUUUCAUCAAAGCUUGCAACUUGAACGAUGAGGAUUGUCUCAUGACCGCUAACAUGCAAAUCGCUUUCCCGUACAUCGCCGAUGGGAUUUCCGAGAUCGGUGUCCCACGAACUGAUCCCAUGAAUUUUGAAAACAUCACAAUGUGGACAGAACAAAAUAGUUUCAGAUUAACAUUGCCAUAUUUGCAAAUACGCGGUGGAAGAAGGUGUAAAGUCGUUGAGUUUAGACAACUCCGCGAUCAAUCGGCUUUAAAACUCAUCGUUGAUUGUCCAUUGCUAGGAACUGGUACAUACAAAUUAAAUGGAAAAAUGCUUAUAUUCGAUAUUGAUAAGGAAGGUGAUUACAGAAUGCAGACGAGUAAGUUUCCUUUUAUUAAUAUUAAUUAUUAAAUAAAAGAAUUUAA